AUGCGGUCGACUGUGAGGGUAUGGCCGCAAUUGCAGGCAGCGUCACGGCGAUGCUUCUCGUCGUCUCCUGCGCGGCUCGACAAAUACGGUUUCAUCGGGCUCGGUCAAAUGGGCUAUCAAAUGGCAAAGAACCUGCAGUCAAAGCUGGGGCCGUCAGAUAGCGUGCGGCUGUUUGACAUCAACAAGGAGGCCGUUGCCAAGCUGGCGGGCGAAGCGUCCGGCACAGGUGCCGCCGUGGAAGUGGUUGCAGACGUCGCUGCUGCUGCGAACGAUGCAGAUUACGUAAUCACCGUUCUUCCAGAGCCGGCCCACGUCCGGGCUGUGUACAAGUCGGUGCUGGAGUCAACGUCGGGGCCGGGCACGACGGUGUUUGUGGACUGCUCAACGAUCGACCCGACGACAUCGCGAGCGGUAGCUGCGGACGUAGUGGCGGCAGGCCGGGGUGCCUUUGUGGACGCGCCCAUGUCGGGCGGCGUGGUCGGGGCGACGGCGGGGACGCUGACAUUUAUGCUGGGCAGCCCGGACGCGGCGGUGACUGAGCGGGUGCAGCCGGUUCUGCUGUACAUGGGGGCGCGAGUGCUGGGCUGCGGUGGGCAGGGCGCCGGGCUGGCGGCCAAGCUGGCCAACAACUAUCUGCUGGCGAUCAACAACAUUGGCACGGCCGAGGCGAUGAACCUGGGCGUGCGCUGGGGUCUAGACGCGUCCGUGCUGGCGGGCGUGAUCAACGCGAGCACGGGCCGGUGCUGGCCGAGCGAGGUGAACAACCCGGUGGCCGGCGUGGUGGCGACGGCGCCAGCUGGCCGCGACUAUGCCGGCGGCUUCGGGCUCGCGCUGAUGAAGAAGGACCUGACGCUGGCGAUGACGGCGGCCGAGGAGGCAGGUGCACGGCUGGUGCUGGGUGAGGCCGCACGCAGCCUGUACGAGGCCGCCGGCGAGGACGAGCGCUGCCGCGGGCGAGACUUUAGCGUUGUGUACCGGUAUCUCGGCGGCGAGGAGGGGAAAGAGGGAAGGGAAUAA